GUGAACUCUAAUAAUCCCUCUUCCCAUACAUAGUAUAUCAUAAACCCUAAACCACUGCCACACCAUGUUGAAGUCAGCAACGAUUAACUAGAACACCAGAAAGCUCGUGCCGUUUCUGUCUGAAAAAGGAAUGGCGGGUCCUCUGCUUCGCUCUCUCUUCUCCUCCGCCAGAAAAUCCGUUUCUUCUUCCUCUUUCUACCGAUGUAACCACUGCCAAUCCUCUCCGUUUUUCCCACGCGCCACUGGUAUCACACGUGCCUUCUCCUCCGCGCCCGCCACCGCCGCCGCCGCACCAAGUUCCUCCUUGGACCCCAGCCGCCUGCGGAAUGUUGCAGUAAUAGCCCAUGUCGAUCACGGGAAGACGACGCUGAUGGAUCGUUUGUUGAGACAGUGCGGAGCUGACAUCCCCCAUGAGCGCGCCAUGGACUCCAUCAGCCUUGAGCGCGAGCGUGGCAUCACCAUCGCCUCCAAAGUUACAUCCAUUUCAUGGAAAGAAAAUGAGCUAAACAUGGUUGAUACACCUGGACAUGCCGAUUUUGGUGGUGAAGUUGAGCGGGUUGUUGGCAUGGUCGAAGGAGCGAUUUUGGUUGUAGAUGCUGGUGAAGGCCCACUUGCACAGACAAAAUUUGUUCUUGUUAAAGCAUUGAAGUAUGGGCUGCGCCCUAUUCUACUUCUGAACAAAGUGGAUCGGCCUGCAGUUUCUGAGGAGAGGUGUAAUGAAGUUGAGAGCCUUGUGUUCGAUCUGUUUGCAAAUCUCGGUGCUACAGAGGAGCAGCUAGACUUUCCUGUUCUUUAUGCUUCUGCUAAAGAAGGGUGGGCAUCCUCUACCUUCACUAAAGAUCCUCCUGCUAAUUCAAAGAAUAUGUCACAGUUGCUUGAUGCCAUCAUAACACAUGUUCCACCACCAAAAGCAAGCCUUGAUGCACCUUUUCAGAUGCUGGUUUCGAUGAUGGAAAAAGACUUCUAUCUUGGGCGGAUCUUAACUGGACGUGUUGCUUCUGGAGUCAUCCAUGUUGGGGAUAGGGUACAUGGACUCCGCAGUGCAGAAUCUGGCGUUGUGAAAAUUGAAGAAGGAAAGGUUUUGAAGCUAAUGAAGAAGAAGGGGACAAACAUGGUUCUCAUUGAUAGUGCAGGUGCUGGUGACAUAGUGUCAAUGGCAGGGAUGACAAGUCCAUCAAUAGGUCAUACAAUAGCAAAUGUGGAGGUUAUGAAUGCAUUACCAACUGUUGAGUUGGACCCUCCUACCAUUUCCAUGACCUUUGGUGUAAAUGACUCUCCGUUAGCUGGCCGAGACGGUUCCCAUUUGACUGGAGGAAAAAUUGGUGAUCGGUUAAUGGCUGAAGCUGAAACUAAUCUUGCCAUAAAUGUUAUUCCUGGCUUGUCAGAAUCAUAUGAGGUACAAGGGAGAGGGGAACUUCAACUUGGAAUCUUGAUUGAGAAUAUGCGGCGGGAAGGAUUUGAGCUGUCUGUCUCACCACCAAAAGUCAUGUAUAAAACUGUGAAAGGUGAGAAGCUUGAACCAAUUGAAGAAGUAAUCAUUGAGAUAAAUGAAGAGCAUGUGGGAUUAAUUAUGGAGGCUCUAUCUCAUAGGCGAGCAGAAGUUGUUGAUAUGGGUCCUGUUCCUGGAAACAUUGGCAGGACUAGAUUGUCUUUGACUUGUCCGUCGAGGGGUCUGGUUGGUUAUAGGAGUGUGUUCAGCAGUGACACUCGUGGAACUGGAUUUAUGCAUCGGGCUUUCCUGACCUAUGCAAAACAUCGGGGUCAACUUGGAAAUGUUAGGAAGGGAGUAUUGGUAUCAAUGGGCUAUGGUACAAUCACAGCACAUGCAUUAAUGAGUUUAGAAGCUCGUGGAACACUAUUUGUUACCCCUGGAAUGGAGACAUAUGAUGGCAUGAUUGUGGGUGAACAUUCACGGGAUUCAGAUCUUGAUGUGAACCCAGUUAGGACUAAGGAACUUACUAAUGUGCGUGCUGCUUCCAAAGAUGAGAAUGUGAGACUAACUCCGCCUCGCCUGCUGACUCUUGAAGAGGCCAUUGGAUAUGUUGCUUCUGAUGAACUCAUUGAGGUGACACCAAAGGCCAUUCGGCUGAGAAAAAGAUACUUGGAUGUUAAUAAGCGUAAAGCCAUGAGUAAGAGGCCAAAAGAAUGAAAUCGUUCUUACAAAAUUUUGUAGCCUCCAUACCUCAAAUUCUUCAAAAUACAAGAACAUGUACCAUAUUAUACCCUAAUUUAUUAUGUCUCGCUAAAUAUAGUUACAUUAUUUUACACAAUUCUGAAUAAUUAUUAUUUGACAAAUCUCAAAAGUUCUUGUAUUCAAUGAUCAAUAAUGCCAAUGAUAUACAUAACAUCAACAGCUACUUCUGUAGUUCAAUCAUCA